GUUGUCAAAUUCAUCUGUCAACCGGUCUCAGUUGUUUAUAUUUGCAAGAUAUUGUUUUUUUCUUCGUAUUUCUGUAAUUUAAAUGUAAUACCGUUAGUGUUUAAAGCUUAAAAACUAAAUAGCAAUCAUUUACUGUGUGAACUGUGAAAGAAACAUUAACGUAAAUGCUUGAAAUCCAUUAAAAACUUAAGCGCGGGAAGUGGUUUUAUAACGCAAAAAGUGAUUCACAUUGAUUUGUUUACAAGAAUAUUGGAACAAUGGACUCGCAAAUCGAAAUAUCUGACGAUGAUGACAGUUUUAACGGGCCUGGUUGCUCAAAAACUGUUCAAAAUAACCUCACAGAGGAUGUAAUAGCCAUAAGUAGCGACGAGGAAUUCAAUAAGUUUUCUUUCGACAAUGACUUCAUGUCUGAUGAUGAGGAUAGCUCAGAGGUUGUUGCGAAGAAAAAGGCGGCUAUUAAGUCCUUGUUUUCCUCUAAAAAUCGCAAAGGAAAGGAGAACAAUAGGAGUAAACAGAGGAACGCUGCAGUUAAGGCGUUGUUCCCUCAAAAACAGAAUGUCAGCGUGCCUGUGGUGAAGUCUGUGAAGACUAGACCGCCUAUAGAACCUCCUAAGGAUGUGUUCAAUAGGAUGAUUGAAGGAGUCAAUGUUAUGUUGCCCGUCAACCCUUAUGGUAGUCAAAUCGCUUUAAUGUCUAAGAUAAUAAAUGCUAUUAAGAAAAAAGAAAAUUGCAUACUGGAGAGUCCAACAGGUUCGGGAAAGACGCUUGCACUACUCUGCGGAGCUCUAGCGUGGCAGCAACAUGAACAAAAACUUUUAGGCCAAACGCAAGCGCAGCAUUACUUCGCGAAGUUCCCUGAGAUAAAGAAGGAUGGAGUAGCAGACUACAUCAGCAGUCCUAUGCACCAGAAGACUGAGUCCACGCCAGAGAAGCUCUUCAGCAAGAAUAAUUUUGGAGAGAAAAACAUCUACUACAAACCUGAAGAAAAUGGCGAAAGCAGUUCAUCGCUCACACGAUUCGCACGCCAAGAAAAAACUCCGUAUAGACAAAUCUCGGAAGAAGAAUCACCGUCUAAUCAAGUAACGAUACACAAGCGCCCUCGGUUGGGCUCCGGUGAUAAUGAAGACUCCACCAAAUUCUCCCUUCCCCAUACUCCUGAGAAGGCGACGACUGAACACAAUGAGAAGGCUGAAACUCCUGAAAGUAUAAGAAACCUAUACGACCUGGUGGAAAACCUUCGCGUCUGCACGUCCAUGUUUGUUGGUUCCAGCCUCCCCACCAUAUACUAUGGCGCCCGCACCCACACCCAGAUCAAGCAAGUUGUGAAGGAAUUCAAGAGGACCUCCUACUGUGGGAUGGUGAAGAUGACCCUCCUCUCCAGCCGGGAUAAGAGCUGCAUCAAGGAGUUUGACAGGAGUGUCUGGAGUACCAGGAAUGAUAUGUGCAGGGCUUGUGUUAAGCCUAUAAGAAAGGGUCCAAACAAAGAGAACACAAACUGCAAGUUCUACGACAACAGAACAGCCCUGAACCACGGCUGUAUGCCGGCUGCCUUCGACCUUGAGGAUCUGGUGGAGAUCGGACGGGAGAAGGAGGCCUGCCCGUACUACGGAGCGAGGGCCAUGGCGAAGACUGCGCACAUUGUGUUCUGUCCCUACAACUAUCUGAUUGAUCCCAGCAUCAGAAGUAGCCUGUCGAUAGACCUGACGGGCGCGGUGGUGAUAAUAGACGAGGCGCACAACAUCGAGGGGAUAUGCCGCGACGUGGCCUCUGUCGACAUCACACAGCUGCAGAUUCAGAAUGCUAUCAAGGAGUUGGAGACGGUAUCCCAGUACCGCUUCGCCAACCAGGAUGUGGAGUACUACAUCGACGGACUGCUCAACACGCUCAAUAGCUGGAACUACUGGUUCCAGAACCAGACCCCCCUGAUAAACCAGCAGCCGGUGAACAACAACGAGGCUGUGUACAAGUGGCAGCAGACGGCGGACUUCGUCGACACGCUCAACAACCACAACAUUGGAUACGUGCAAUAUGCUGAUUUCAAGCGCAACGCGGAGUCGUUCUGCCGCCGCCUGCGAGAGGACGCGAGCACUCUGUACGGAGUGACGCAGGCCACCGGCACUCUGCUGGAGGCCAUGGAUAUGGCGCUCGGUUUCCUGUUCCGCGAGCACUGUCAGUACAUGGACGACUUCAAGCCGGCGCUGGUCAAGCAUGUCGCCGGCAGGACUAGCGCGCCCCCUGCCAACACCGGCUGGAGAGCCUCGCAGUUUAAUGAUUGGGUAUCAAAAGAAUCCCUAACUCUAUCCCUGAUAUGCCUGAACUCCGGUAUAGUGAUGCGAGCCCUCCAGUCGGCUCGCUGCAUCGCCCUGGCAUCCGGCACCCUCACCCCUCUCAUCAGUCUGCACUCCGAGUUGGAGACCACGUUCCCUCACAGAGUGUCGCCUAACCACGUCAUACCGGAGGAUAGGGUAUGGAUAGGCACUCUACUAGGCGACGCUACGGGCGACAUAUGCUACAACGCGACCGGAGUAAACUCCCCCCGCGCCAAGCAGGCGCUGGGCGCGGCCAUACUGCGCGUGUGUCGCCUCACGCCGCACGGAGUGCUGUGCUUCCUGCCUUCCUACUCCUUGCUCGAUAGAUUGAUUAAAGAAUGGCAGGACACAGGGCUGUGGUACGAGCUGAACCAACUGAAGAACGUGUUCUGUGAGCGACGCAGCGACAGGGACCAUGAGGAGACUAUGAAUGACUUCUACCAAACAGUGGGUACUCCCAAAGGCGCGUUACUAUUCGCCGUGUAUCGGGGGAAGGUGUCCGAGGGAAUGGACUUCAAAGACCAGCAGGCGAGGGCUGUCAUCUGUGUGGGUGUACCGUACCCGAAUCUCUUCGACACGGGUGUGAGCGCUAAGAUGCAGUACAACGACAAGUACAUCAAGGAGAAAAACUUGCUCACAGGCAAGGAAUGGCUGCGAGUGCAAGCUUAUAGGGCACUAAACCAGGCAGUGGGUCGCUGCGUCCGGCACCGCGGCGACUGGGGCGCCGUGUUACUGGUAGACUCGCGGUACCGACAGGAGUACUACACCGAGCAUCUCUCCAAGUGGGUCAAACGAUUUCUUGGCAACAACCAUCACACGUACGAGUCCCUGGCAACAAGCCCCAACGGCUUGGCAGCGUUUAUGCAGAAAAUGAAAAUCGUAGAAGAAGAAGAGUCUUUAAAAACCUGAUAAAUACCUAGUAUUACAAUAUUAGGACUUAGUAUCAACUGCUAUACUCCAAAGGCUCAAUUCCAUAGGACCCAUAGGCUAUUCCAUAGGAUGUAUUAAGUUAAAAUUAAGUCAAUUGUUGAAAAUUGAACAAAUUAUGAUAUAUUUUUGUAAUCUGAGGGCUUAGUACGAGUUUGUUUUAUCGAAACACUUUGGUCAGCUUGAAUGACCAACCAAUCAGAGCGUGCUCUUGUUUCGAUUUCGUUAAACGUAAAGCAAACUCGUACUAAGAGUACUGAUAAUCAUGGAAGAAUUCUAUGUUGUAAUCAUUAUGUGUUAUAUUAAAAUUAUUAAGCAAUAAAUAUGAUUUGUUUACA